AUGGACUGUGCUAAAUUAAAGGACUUUAAAAAAAUUUGGUCACUCAUAAAUUCUCUUACUGGUAAGAAUAAGAAAUCUAUCAGUAUUACAGAAAUAACUGUUGAUAAUAACAACAUUCCAGAUUCCAAAUUAAUUGCCGAAUCCUUUAAUGAAUAUUUUGUUAAUAUUGGCCCUAAACUGGCAUCUGAAGCAAGUGAAGAAUUCCUUGCUAAGCAUGCGACUAACUAUAAUCCCUGUCCUACAAUAGAUCCUAUAAUAGAUUCUACAUUUUAUUUUCAUCAUGUUCAUAUUGAUAACAUUGCUCAGGCAUUAAUGAGACUUAAACCAAACAAAUGUACUGGUCUUGAUAAAAUCCCAGCAAAAGUUCUUAGGCUUUCUGCGGAUAUCAUUGCUCCCUCAUUAACCUACAUUUUCAACCUAUCACUUGAUACUGGUAUCUAUGUUGAUGAGUGGAAACGUGCGCAAGUAAUCCCAAUCUAUAAAUCAGAAGAUAGACGGAAAUGUGAAAAUUAUAGACCAAUUUCUAUACUCCCUAUUUGUAAGCAAAAGGAG